AUGGCCAAACAACUUACCGGUUACCCCUCCCUGAAGCCAGCCUUUAUCCUCAAGGCUAGUGAUCCAUGCCUCAACGUGACCGACAGCAACCCUGUUGGCACUACAGCCGGGGGCUCAAACCUUACACACUGGCAAACUUCAACUGGCACACUUACCAGCGCCGAGGGCUUCGAGCCCAAACUCGAGGCUGACAUUUUCUUUGGCGCCGACUGGAUGACCAUCGACGCCAAUCAGCCGCGGGCGCGACCGGACGUGAAGGCCGUGGCUAAGACUAAAGAUGGCGCUGUCAUCGCACUGUCGUAUACAGGCGUUUUUCAAAUCACGAAAGAACUACAGGAAGUCUUGGAGGGAAAACCUGUCGAAAAGACGUUCCCAUUCGGAACCGAGAGUGAGCACACCUUCGAGGCUGGUGAUCCCCGGUACUCGUUUCUGGGACAUCACAAGUUCGUUGGGAAUGGGCGCUUCGUCGUGCAGCAGAACCCGACCCGCAUUACUGUGGAGACGCGCAUCUCACAGGUAGUUCCCAGCACUGAUGAGGACUGAGGGCAGGUGCAGUGGAUGUUGCAUCUUAUGGUUAGGA